GUGCGCCCUGCCCUGCAAAACAAGACAGGGAGUUACGGCAGCAUUAAAGGGCACUAGCAUUGCAGUGGUGACGAGGACCCAGGACACGUCUCGACUCGUCAUUUCGUGUCUUUUAACUACUUCAUCUUACAGCUCUCGUCUGUGUUUAUUCCCAUCUUUCUUGUACUAUUUUCUCUUGUUGCACGGCUUCACAAAGGGCUACCAGAAAGGGACCCUUGCACUUUUUAAUUCAUUCUUCGUCUUUUUCUGGCCUAGUCGACCUUGUCUACUUCUGAUUUACACUUCAUCUCAUCCAUACAUCCAACCCGCUCGCCACAACUUUACUGGGCCAGUCGGUUCCAGCCCAUACCAGCCAGACAAACAAGCUUCAACUAGCGGCUAAAGUUUGAAGCACUACACACAAGAUAGGGUUCGCUGUUACGCCGAAAUAUACAUAGCGCCGUUUCAAUAUCAGUAGCAGCAGCUCUUGCAUCCAGAUUUCUUUUUCACUCAGGUUGAUCCGCGUUACCACCAUUCAACCUCGCGCCAAAGUCCAUGUCAACCACGGUGGGGGAGCCGCCUCGGCCUUCGAUAUCAAGACUGAACAACACCCUCACCAUGCUCAAAACACAACUUCCGCAGGCUGUUCGUAGCCAUGAUGGGCCUAAAUCAGCAUCCGGCUCUCUAAGACAUGGACUAUUCAGUCACAGAUUUUCGACAUCCAUCCGCCAUUCGUCCACACGACCAUCAUCAAACGGUUCAGCAACAAUGACUACUUCGCACACCAACACAACCGUCGCACAACCCAAGCCGAUUCGGAAAUCCGCCUCGACGCCAACCACUAGACACGUCACAGACGAGCCUCGGGACACUAUACUGGAGCCAGUAUUGGAGGAUCAUUUGGCCAAGACUGUACAGCCUCCUUCAACCCUAAAGGCGUCUAAUGAGAAGCGUGACUGGGCGCCACAACUCGAGGCCAAGACUCCGCUGAGGCAGCCACCGUCGGAUACGCAACUAUUCAAAACAAGCAUAUUUUCAGCCAAGGACUCUGCAUAUGAUUUAUACUCUUUACCUGAAGUGUCGCCCAUGGACGAAUCUUUACAAAACGCCGGAGUUGCGACAGAACCCAAGACAGCCCAAACCGCCGCCGCCGUACCAACUACUGAAACAGAGAGCAUCAAUAACAAUAAACAAACGUACUCGAGUACGGUUAUGCAAGAUGCUCCGCUACGCCGCAAGUCCAGCAUUAGUUUUGCUCCGGAACCCUUCCCUCGGCGGAGCUCCAUCCCCAAAAGCGAGACAUGGGGAUCGUUGACAUCACGCCACAGCAGCAUCUCCUUUGCUGCCGACCUAGGACUACACCGACGAGACUCUUCUGCGAAUAGCGAAACUGGUUCCUCUUUUGGAACUAGCAGCAGCGCCAGUGGACGACGAGGAAGCGCCCCCGCAUUCAUGCCAGAGCUUCUACAACGGCGAGACUCCUCUGCCAGCGAUGCCGACAGUACACAUCUUUCGCGAAAGUGGUCAAUAUCAUCAUUUCGGAGAUCUCGAAAUCAGUCAUCAUCACUUCCCCAAGUCGACGAGCGAUUCCAGCGAACAGAGUCCGAAUUAGGACUCUCCGGAGCCCAAGGGCGACCUAGCUCGCCACCACCUACCAGGUUCCAACGCCACGUUGGCUUCGACAAUGUGCCCAACGGCGAAACUACAAAACACAAUACGACAUCGCUUACGCUGAAUGUCCGCCACAAGGGCUACCAGGCUCGCCGCCGGUCACGUCUCUUCAUGGUGGGCGUGGACGAGCAUUCGUACUCAGACUACGCCAUUCAGUGGCUGCUCGAUGAGCUAGUUGACGACGGCGACGAGAUCGUCUGUGUUCGCGUUAUCGAGAGUGGUAUCCGAUUUAAUGACAGACAGUACCUCGAAGACGCCAACCGUGUCAUGCAAAAUAUCCUCGCCAAAAACGGCUCCAACCGUGCCGUCAGCUUUAUUCUUGAAUACGCUGUCGGCAAGCUGCACGCGACGUUCCAAAAGCUCAUCCAAAUGUAUCAGCCAGCCAUGCUCAUCGUCGGAACACGCGGACGUUCUCUCGGUGGUAUCCAGGGUCUCGUCAACAACCGUAACUCCUUCUCAAAAUACUGCCUGCAGUAUUCUCCCGUUCCUGUCGUUGUCGUCCGACCUACCGAAAAGCGCAUCAAGAAAAAGGUCAAGCGAGCUAACGAUGCUACUCGUCAAACAUAUCUUGGCAUGCUUGCUGCUACGAACGGCAAGCAUGAAGCGGAUAGCGAGGCGAGCAGCACCUACGAGCUUGAAGUCCAGAUCUCUCCAGACGAAGAGGCACACCAAGUUGCCAAGGUAUUGGGAUUACCGGCCGCUUUUGAUCCUACAAUCAAGCCCAUUUCAUCUUCGCUACUGCGACCUCGUUCUCCUGCCCCACCACCUCCUCCACGCGUAGACAGCUCUCCUCGCUCUGCGAACCUGGAGUCGCCGGCUGUCAGCGCCCCCAAUAGUGAAGAGGAAGAGGAAGAGGACGGCGAGUUUGAGGUCAUGUCCGGCACCGAAGCUCUUGACCAACAGCAAAAAGCAGAAACCCUCCAUAAGAUGGAAAUGGGUGAAGCCGCCGCCCUUCGCAUGACAAUCGACGACGAUGAGGAAGAGGAUGAGGAUGAAUCUGCCGGUGUGAAGCUCACAUCAUAG